AUGUCGUCCGACGAAGACUUCCAGGACUUCCCCCAGCCAGUCGAGACGGACCUCUAUGGCAUCCUGGGCGUCAGCGAAAAUGCAACCCCCGAUCAGAUCAAGUCUGCCUAUCGAAAACAAGCGCUAAGGAACCACCCAGACAAGGUAUCCGCCGAUUCCAAGGACGAAGCCAACGAGAAAUUCCAGCAGAUCGCCUUCGCCUACGCGAUUCUCUCCGAUGAAAAACGCCGCAAACGAUUCGAUCUGACCGGCAGUACGUCCGAGGCCGUCGAGGAAGAUGGCGACUUCAACUGGAUGGAUUUCUACCGCGAACAAUUCUCCAGUGCGAUCGACGAGAAUGCACUGGAUCAGUUCAAGAAGGACUAUCAGGGCUCUGAAGAGGAGGAACGGGACGUGCUAGCGGCGUUCGACAAGUACCGCGGCGAUCUGGACAAGGUCUACGAGUCGGUGAUGCUGUGCAAUGUGAUCGACGACGAUGAGCGAUUCCGCGCCCUUAUCGACAAGGCCAUCGACGAGGGCAAGGCCGAGCGACACAAGAAAUACACCGAGGAGCCUGAGAAGAAGAAACAGCAACGAUUAAAGCGGGCGCAAAAAGAAGCCAAGGAGGCAGAGAAGCUAGCCCAGGAGCUAGAAGAGAAGAAGGAUAGCAAGAAGAAAGGCGGACAGAAGAAGAAGAAGAAGGAUGCGCCGGCGAAUGACAACGAUCUGCUAUCGAUCAUCAAGCAGCGACAAGCAUCGCGGGCGGACUCGUUCUUUGACCGGUUAGAGGAGAAAUAUGCCGGGGGCAAGAAGCGAGCAGGCAAGUUCGAAGAGCCGCCUGAGGCAGCUUUCGAAGCGACGGCCGCUCGACAGACCUCGAAAAAGAAGAAGACCAAAGCUUGA